CGCAUCCUCACCACAGUCAGUCAUCAUGGCAUUUGCCUGGAGAUUAGCCGCCAUUCGAAGGCAGGCGGCGGCGGUGACUGCUAGCGGCAUCAAGCCGCCAUCAGUGAGGCACGCCGCAGCCGCUCUGCAUUCGUCAGCAAAGUGGGGCGCCUCCAACACUCACCCUCGCCACCAGCACACCGACACCGCAUCCGCAUCAUCAUCAUCACAUAACGACGGCGUCGACUCAUCAUCAUCGCUCAACUCCUUUGCAUGGCGAAAUCGCAAGUCACUUCGCCUGCCAACGCCUUUGCCCAUGGAUGUCACCGACGCUGCCAACUCGGCCUUUCGUAACCCUACUUCUGGGUCGCGAUCCGGUAGGCCAAGGCGUCAAGCAGCUUCCAGCGCCAAUGCUGCGCUUAAUCCUAUCGACUUGCUCUCCUUUGGCGACAUCAGCGGUGCUACCCUCGAUGACAUCAACCGCGAUAGCAGUUACUACCCGCCAUCGCAGCCAGUCGAGAAUCUCGCCAUCCUGGAAGCUUGCCUAUCUGCCAACCUUCUCUCAAGAGCAAUGCGCAUCUUUGAAGACAUGCGCGAUAACGCGGCAGCCAGACUUUCACGGCAGGACAUCGAGAGCGUACCAAAGGGAUCAGCCCCUUCCAAUCAGCUGCGAAAGCGCUGGUCAGCGCAGCACAGCCUCAGCAGAAGAGUCUACGCCUCAGUCUUUGCAGCCAUCUUGCGUCGAGCAGCUGCAGAGAGGGACGAGAUGGCAUCACAAAAGUGGAUACAAAGAGCGUGGUCGCUGUACAGGGAGAUGGAGACCGGCGUGAGGAGUGAUGCUCACGAGAGAAAGGCAGCGUCUUCGCGGAACCAUAGCUUCACGGCCGACCCAAGGCCAGACGAGAGGACAUUCAUGACAUUUGCCAUGGGUCUCGUCAAGGUCAUGCUCGUACAUCCGACGAUGACGAUGUCCGAGAGUGGGUUGGGGGACCUCGUCGCAUCAGCGUGGCGAAGCGGCCUUUCGUUUGAUGACAUUGUAGAGCAAGCGUAUGCAUACUCGACACAAGCGGAGGACUCGAUGAGGUCAUCAGAACACGUUGAACCGCAAGUCUUCAUACAGCGCCUCAUCUCUGCCGCCGUGCACGCCGGCAACGACCCAGUCAAGACAACCCUCGAGAACCUGGAAAAGAAGCUCGUCUCAGAGCGACUAGCAGAGCAGCAGCACGAGCAGCAGCCCGAAGCGCAAGAGGCAGAAAGCUCAAGCUCCGGCUCCGGGUCCUCCCCGAGGACGUACAUUCCGCCUCUCAAGCCCGUCCUCAGCGGCAGAGCUGACGCUCCCGAGGGUGCUACACCCUUCAAUCUCGAUCUCCUCCGGAGAGAUCUUGGCAUCGUCGGGCAGGGUCGCGCAACUGCACGAGACAAUGAAGAGAGACAGCGCUGGCUAGAAGAGAGCGCAAUCGACUCGGCUCGUCAGCACCUUGAGGCCCUUUCCAAGCAACUCGCCUCGAUCGGCGUGCAGUCGACGAUGACGCUUACGCAGGAUCGCCAGCUGCAGCUGUGGAUGUGGGAUUGGAAUCAGAAGUUGCAAGUUGCGCUGGAAAGGGACGUGCACCGAAUUCUAUCCAAGGCAGAAGAGUCAUCGACAAAGGGUACGCCUGCGGGACAGCGACUCUUCAGCACUGGCGUCGACUCGAGAGAAAAUUUCGAGCAGUCGAUUGCCCCUUUCCUGGGCACCAUCCCAUCAUCAAAGCUAUCCCUCCUCACCAUCAUGGAACUCAUGCGACUACAGGCCACAGCAGGGGCAGUCGAUGGCAUCAAGACGGCAUCGACUCUCAUUGCCAUUGGACGUGCGGUCGAAGAGGAGCACUAUGCUCAUUUCUUGCGCAGUCGUCCUGACUUGUCGGAGCGAGUACGCCGCGCCCAUGAGCUGGUUCGCAACAAGUCGACGACGGACCUUGCAGCGCGACGCAAGGCAAAAAAGUGGCUGGAGAGCCAGGAUGAUGGACGGAUGCAAUGGACGCAGAAUGUGCGAGCGCGAGUGGGAAGCUACCUUGUUGGACACUUGCUUCAGCUUGCUACCGUCAAGCGAGAAGCCAUUGACCGUGAUGGACACGUAUGGUCAGAGGAGCAUCCGGCCAUGGUCUCGACCUACCAAUACGUGCAAGGAAAGAAGAUUGGCGUUCUCAAGCUCAACGAUCAUGUCGCCCAGCGUCUUGACAAGGAGUCGGUGCGUGGCGCUAUGCACGCCAGGUAUCUGCCUAUGCUAGUCAAGCCGCGCUUGUGGCUCAAGCCAGACGAGGGUGGCUACCUGACGACGAAGACGAACAUGAUGCGUUAUAAGGAGAGCGCAGAACAAGUCUCAUACCUCAAGGCUGCCUCCGCAGACGGCAACCGCCUCGAGACGGUCAUGUGUGCGCUCGACGCCUUGGGCGAGACACCGUGGAUCAUCAACUCCAAGGUCCUCGAGGUCAUGACGGAAGUCUGGAACUCGGGUAAAGAUACGGCUGACAUGCCUCCGCUGAUCAGCGACGAUUGGAAUAGACGAGAGCGGCCCGCAGAUUUCGACACGAACCUCAUUGCUCGCAACGAGUACCUGCAGCACGAGAAGCAGAACAGGCAGCUGCGCGCGUCCGCGCAUUCGAGGCGUUGCGAUGUCAACUACAAGCUGGAGAUUGCCCGCUCCUUUGUCGACGAGGUCAUCUACUUCCCGCACAAUGUCGACUUCCGCGGUCGUGCCUACCCUGUGCCGCCCCAUCUCAACCAUAUGGGCGACGAUCUCUGCCGCGGUCUGCUCCUCUUCGCUGAAGCCAAGCCACUGGGAGUCGCGGGGCUCAAGUGGCUACGCAUCCACCUCGCCAACGUGUAUGGAUAUGACAAGGCGAGCUUUGAUGAGCGGGUACAAUUUUCGGUUGACCACUUCAAGGACAUUGAAGCGGCAGUCAAGGAUCCGCUGGGGCCCAACAAGUGGUGGCUGGGUGCCGAUGAUCCCUGGCAGUGCCUUGCAACGUGCCACGAGCUCUAUGCUGCUAUCAAUCACCCAGAGGGGCCGGAGAAGUUCCCAUCGCGCAUUCCGGUGCAUCAGGACGGAACUUGUAACGGUCUGCAGCACUACGCUGCGCUUGGAGGGGAUAUACGCGGCGCUAAGCAGGUCAACCUUACGAGUGGAGAAAGGCCCGCUGAUGUGUACACGGCAGUUGCCGACUUGGUCAUCAAGGAGAUCGAAGAAGAGGCCCGUCGCGAUGAUCCUGACCCAGCAGCGGUAGAGCUGCUUGGCAAGGUGACGCGCAAGGUCGUCAAGCAGACGGUCAUGACCACGGUCUACGGUGUCACCUUCAUCGGCGCCAAGAAUCAAGUGCAAAAGCAGCUCGCCGAUCGCGGGGAUGUGGAUCCUAUGAAGAUCUUCCACGUCUCUACCUACCUGGCCAAAAAGAUCCUCGCGUGCAUUGGCAACCUCUUCGCAGGCGCCAAUCGCAUCCAGCAUUGGUUCGUCGACGUUGCGCGAUUGAUCUCAAGGUCGAUCCCACCCGAGCGGAUGCCCGCCCUUCUCGAGUCCUCUCGCGCAGCGGGGAGGCUCACCGACCCAAAGACGGGCUUGAAGACAGGCAACACCCAGAGGUUUGGUCCGGGCACAGGCGAGCGGGUCAACAUGGAUCGCGUGCCCCUGGAGCAGAUGACGAGCGUCAUCUGGACCUCACCCAUCGGCAUGCCCAUCGUCCAGCCCUACCGCAAACACAAGAAGACCCAGAUCGCAACGGCGCUUCAGACCCUCUUCCUUCGCGAUCCCAACGCCAAUGCCGAAGUCUCGCCUGCGAAGCAGGCCUCGGCCUUCCCGCCGAACUUCAUCCACUCGCUCGACGCGACGCACAUGCUGUUGAGCGCCCUGGAGUGCCAGGAUGCGGGUCUGACCUUCGCGGCCGUGCACGACAGCUACUGGACGCACGCCUGCGACGUCGAGACGAUGAGUGACAUCAUUCGCGAUACUUUCGUGCGUCUGCACACGCAAGAUAUCCUUCCCAAACUCCGCGAAGAGUUCUUGGAGCGAUACCGCGGUCAUAUGGUGCCGGUGACCGUUGCGCAGUACUUGAUCUCCAGGAGGCUGGCGCGUCGCAGCAAGGAGAGCUUGCAGGCAAUCAAGGCUGCGGAGCUCAGUGGGGUCGAGCUGAGCAAGGAAGAGAAGGACGUCCUACUGGCAAAUGUGGAGAGCGAGGUUGUGGAUAUAGAUGCGCUGAGUGCUGAGGAGAGGAAGGAGCUGUUUGGGACUAUGCCGACGAAGGCGAAGGAACUUGCGAACGGGAGAGACGUGGAACCAGACACAGCCGUCGACGCCGAGUCGGAUCAGGAAGCUGCGGAUCUCGAGGCCAUGGCAGCGGACGAAGGGCUAGAUGCCGAUGUCGUGGACGAGGAGGAGUCAAAGAAGUCAAAGGGUACCUCCGUCACGGGCCGAGGCAAAGGUGGUGGGCGCGGCCGAGUAGGUGACUACAAGAUGCUGCCUCCCGAGCUAAGGGCAGAUGCAGUCACCCGCUUCGUGCCCCUCGAAGCCCUCAUCCCACCUCUGCCGGCAAAGGGCGGGUUUGAUGUCAACGAGAUUAGGAAGAGUAAAUACUUCUUCUCGUAGACGCAAUGGGGGGUAGAGAGGGACGAAAGCGCCUGUGAGCGCGAUUGUUCUGGCCACGUAGAGGAGCAGGGAACUUUGUGUAAUGUCGCGUUCGUUGUCAAUUCCACUACCAGCUCCACUAGAUGGAUGCGCAAAGCAAUCACCAUUCUCGUUCUGUUCUUG